AUGUCUCAUCUGUUUGUCGACUCAGUUAUCUCCGCUGAAGACUACAACCGUCUGGUGAUAGAUCAUGAGGCAACAGAGCGUGCAGCGCUCCUCGACUUGAAGCGCAAUCACCUCCCAGCCUUAUCGCAAACGCUCAUCUCACACGGAGUCGCUGAUUUCGUUGAGCUUCACCUCUUGCAUCGACACUUCAGACUUCAGGAGGGAGAAGCCAUGGUGCAUAAAACGCUCACCAUUCCCAAGGCUAGCGACGUCGCUGCAGUGACCAUCGACAUCGCUAAAGCAAUGGAUUGCGCAGAGCCGGUCAAAUCUUCUCUGGUUCCACUACUGUGGAUGGCCUGCCCCUCUGGCGAGGGCCUCGUGGCUUACGAAUACGGCCUCGGCGGUUCUGUCGACUCACACAAGCGAGAAUUCCAAAGCAUCUCCGCUGAAGCAUGGAGUACUUUCGCGCGUGCAUUCACCGCCCAUGUCCACGCCGCUGGGAUCGCGGACCUCGUUUCCCUGAAAGACAAAGAUUGUAUCAAUGGAGGAGAAUACGUCGUGCCUGACAUGCGAGUGCUUUUUCGAGUGCCAACAAGCGCAAUUGACCUUCAGCCCGGCAGCGGGGUCCUGGAGUCUGGCUGGGACUUAAAUGCGAAGACGGAAUCGAAUGCUGGCUUUCCAGAAUGCACGGACGGCCAUGUCACCAAGACGAGACGAACUAAAGGAGGGUCAGUCGCGCAUUAUCAUAGUACGACGAAGAAUGGUAUCGAUGCUUUUAAUCCGAAGGAAGUCCCGCUCCCAUAUACCAAUGCUAUGUGGGCUACUUCUCAGUCAGAGAACUUUUGGGCCGUAAACAGUGGGGUAGACGUCACAGCCUGA